AUGUCCUCUACUACCGCCACUGCUCGCCUUCUCUGCGCAUUCACGCCUUAUGGAACUUCUCGCGCCAUUGCGUCCAACUCCAAGCUCACGCUUUUGAGAGGAAUACACGAUGCUGCCCACGCAACUCGACGCUGUCCGACCCUGGUCGUGCACCGAGCACCAGCACCACCACGAGCACGCAUACAGAGACGAACGUUCUCCGUCUCGCGGACGACUCUAGCGGCGCUCGCACAGCGCCCGCCCGCACAUCAUACUGUCCUACUUGCGUAUCCAUCUCCCAGCGCCCUGCAUGAGGAGGCAGAGGAAGAGGAGGCGGACGAGCCCGAGGUGGACUUUGUCCCGCCAGAGGAGGCAAAGAUCGAGAUUACCGACCGGGCGGCGGAGCAACUCCGUGCGGUCGCACAGCGGCAGGGAAACCCGGACGUUGCGCUGCGGAUAUCGGUCGAGAGCGGCGGGUGUCAUGGGUAUCAGUACAAGAUGGAUCUCGCAAAGAGCAGAGAAUUGGAUGAUUACGUGUUCACCCAUCCGACCAUCAGGCCGUCCAACAUCGUCGUCGACGCGGUCUCGAUGGCGCUCCUGAAGGGCUCCAUGGUCGACUUUGCGACCGAGCUGAUCGGGAGCAGCUUCCGCAUAAUGGACAAUCCUCAGGCGAAGGGGGGAAGUUGUGGAUGUGGAGUUAGCUGGGAGCUGAAGGUAUAG